UGAUGUCGGACGGUCGGUUUAGUUCCUGUGUUUUUCUUCCGCUAUAAAAGGGGUUACGAAAGAGUGAUAGGAAUGAGAAUCCGGUUGGAUUUUUCUCUUUUUUUUUCAUUGGUAAGUCUCAGAAGUUCUCAGGAUCCUCAUACUCCGGAUUCGUCAUCACCAGCAGGAGAGCUUGUUUUGUUACCUGGAUCUCAUUGGAACCUGUUCACCCAAUAGGCUAUGCACAUGUGGCCAAAUAGAUGAAGAAAUAUAACUUUGAUCUGUAGGAUUAUAUGGAAUAAUUUAUAACAUCCUGGUGAAACUUUUAAUUCAUGGAAGUAAAUUAAUCUGUAUUUAAUUUUCAGACUGCAAUUAAAGGAAAACUACAAGAGCUCGGGGCUUACGCAGAUGAAGAACUUCCUGACUAUAUCAUGGUUAUGGUAGCCAAUAAGAAGAGCCAACAACAGAUGACUGAUGAUCUCUCUCUGUUCCUGGGAACCAAUACAGUGAAAUUUACUAUAUGGCUGCAUGGUGUCCUUGACAAGCUACGCUCUGCAACUGUUGAGCCCACCGGCUUGAAGUCAGCAUCCGACUACACAGACAGCAUAUUAUUCUCAUCUUCAGAGAAAAUUCAAGCAGCUGUCAGUGGGAGCAGUGAUCUGAGGAUUGAUGAUGUUCGUAAACUUGCUGUCUCUAGCACACGCUUUGAAAAAAAUGAUUCUCGAGUUACCACAAGCUCAUUACAUGAGCAGACAGUAGCCAGUGUCAGGCCAUCCUCUACUGAGAGAAAUGCAUCUCAGUUAAUGUCAACCGUGAAGCCCUUAAUGGAGCCAGUUUCCUCUGAAGCAGUGAUUGACAUCAAACCUGAACUAGAUGAUCUGAUAGAUGACGAUCUGAACAUUUUGCAGGACCUUCCUGCGGCAUCCAAGAAGAAGCCUGUGGUGACAUUUACCUACAAUGUUUCUCAUCCAACGUUCGAGGGUUACAGGCCAUCAGAAAAUGUUACCCAGCACUGCAGGGCAUCUGAGAGCAGCGUCCAGUCUUACAGGGUGCCUCAGAACAAUGUGCAGGCGUGUAGGCUUGGGGAAAGCAACCCGCCAAGCUACAGACCAGAAUGUACUGGCCACACUUACAGAUCACCUGAAGGUGUCUUGCAAACGUACAACAGGCUAUCAGACAGUGGUUUACAGAUCUACAGGUCCUCAAAAUCUAGCGUGGAUCGACCAAGUAGAGAUGACGAGACUGCUCGGAAAAGAAAGGGGCCAAUCAUCAGCUCUGUGGUUAAAGUGAACAAGACGAGUGAUGGCGAGGACGAGGAAGAUGAUUAUGGUUCAAGAACGGGGAGUCUUCCCAGCAGUAUCUCGGUCCCAGCAAAGCCCGAAAGAAGGUACCAAAAGCAAGCGUUCCGACUGUUAAAUUCAUUUUUUGUUAAGUGGUUCGCAAUACAGUACACUGUUGCCAAUCCAUUUCCUGUGCCAAGUUGAGAUGCUACAUGAAAUUGAUGCAGGUAAAAAAAACUAUUUUGGUUACAAUUUUGUUGUGAUGCAUUAAU